AUGGUUGAGAAAAAGAAGUUAGAAAAGCGUGUAAAGGCUGUUGAAGCUGAAAACUCAUCUUUGUUGAAAAGAGUUGAAGUUGAUCAAGCUGAUAUUGAUAUACUUAAAGUUCGAAUAGCAGAGUUAGAAGAAGAAAAAGCUCGAAGAGAUGAUCAAAAUGAAUACUUCAAGCUGAAGAACAAAGAAUUGGAAGCAAACAACGCUAUGAAAGAGCAUGAAAUGUAUAUGAUGAAUAAAGUAUUGGAGAAUUUAAUCGGAAAGCCUGUUGAACAAAGAUUUGAAGAGAUCGAGCUUGAAGAAGUCAGAGCUAGACGUAAGGUUGCGAUUGAAGCUGAAAUGAAAAACAAAGGCAAAGGUGUUCCAAUUGAAGGUGUUGCUGAAGUAAGUGAAAGAGCAAUUGUAGUAUCUGAGCCGGAAAAAGUUCCUGAAAAGUCUAUUCUUGAUCCUUGUCUGAUAUCGUCAGUUUCUGGUGUGUUUGAUGAUGAUGUAGAAGAUGAAGAAGAAGAAGAAGAUGAUGAUGAUAUUCUGAAAGAUGGUGCAGAAGAUGUUUUUUCUGCUUCAGGUGAUGGUGAUGAUGACGGCAAUGAUGACGAUGAUCAAGGUGCUACAGGCAUAAAAGUCACCGAAGCGUCUCAGGAAGAAAAGAUUGAUGAAUUUCUUCAGGAUGAUGCUAAUAAAGAAUCUGAGAAUGCAAAAGGUAAGGGGGAGCAUGAUGAUACAGAGAAUGUUGAUGAAAGUGAUAAUCAUGUUACAAGAUUGAUUUUGCGUCUUGAACACGGUGUAGAGGAAGGUGAAAUUCUGCACACUUACAUGUUAGCCGAGAUCAUCAAGAUAACGCAUGUUGAUGAAAAUGAAUUCAAGUUUGAUUUUGAAGAAGAGUUGAAUAAGUUCGACAUCAAUCAGCAGCCUGAAUACCAGUACAAAUACGUAGAAGAUGCUGAUAACUAUGACAGAGUUGAAGUUGAAGACUGGAGUGAUGAAGAACAUUCUGAAAGUGUUCAUGUUGAUACUUCUAACUUUCCGACACUUGCUGAAUUUUUCAGUCAAGCGAAUGAAGACGAGUUAAGAAGGAAAGUUGCUGAGAGUGUAAAGAAUAAAAGCUUUAGUGAAAUGUCAAAGGAUGAACAGCGAGAAGAAAGAAAGAAAUGGUUCAGAAAAGAUUCUGAACGAAAGUUCAAAAGACCUCUGUAG